CCGUCAGACUCACCUCGCACGCGCUACACCAUGCAACCCUUUCUGCAGGACCAGUUUGUCAACAAUCUGACCCCGAGUCGCCUUUACAACACAGAACGGAUGGUUUCGCAGACAAACAGCAUGCUUUCUCCUCCGGUGGAGGACGCUGGCGCUGCUCAGAGGUGGCUGGUCACUUCAGUACAGCAUGCUAGCGGCAGCAAGCUGGAACUGACGGCAUACGAGGGCGAUUAUUCCAGCUCGUUAUUACCGUACAAUUUCAAAUCCUUACCUCUGCAGAGCGCACACUCGCUGGGCUACUAUCCAGAUGCCGCCUUCGCAUCCGUCACCGCAGGAUGGGGCUCCAGAGGCUCUUAUCCCAGAAAAAUGGCGUCCGGAUUGCCCUGGUCACCCAGACCGAGUCCCACGGACUUCACAGACGACCACAUGCCCGAUAAGGACAAAUCUAGGGAAGGAAACGCAUUUAGUCAGACUUCAGCCUGGAUGGAGAGCACGCCGCCUUUGAAACCUCUAGACUCUGUGGAGCCGAGCAUUUACUCGGUGGUUUGCAAACGGAGGCGAGUUUCUGGAACAGAGCAAGUGUGAAGGUGAUACAAGGCCAUCGGCUAUUACGCUUUCUACGCCAGCAGCUAGAGAAGCGUUCAGUCUCGUCUGAUUUUGGUGUGGAUGCGCUGAACUGCAAGACUGAUCCACAUCACGUGUGUCCAACUUUGAUCGAUUUGGCCAUUUUGUGAUUUGUGACCCUGG